CCUUCUACGAGAUGAUCAACAACAACAACAACAGCAACCACCAAUCGUCUCUCCGAGACGGCGAAGACGCCGUCGCGUUUGACGCCAGCAGCCCCGCAACGUCGCACGCCGCGUGGGGACGGGAGCCCAUCCGGCCCCGCGGUGGACGCGCCAGGCGGAUAGAGGACGACGCGGCCAGAACCAACGAGACCUCGGCCGUCUACAACGUCCAGGCUCAGCGUCCCUUCGGCAGACUCCCACUCUGGGCCAAAGUCAAAACCUUCGACCGCCUCAACGUUCUGUGCCAAGUCGUCAUCACCCUCGUGCAGCUGUGGUUCUCUGUGCGUCGCAAGAAACCAACGAUGCUGGUGGCGCCCAUUGUGGGCAGGGUCAGAGGCCACAGACAAGCCCUCGCCCCUGCUCUUCGGGCGGCUGCAGCCCGGAGAAGACGCGCACGCAAUGCUGCGAGCAGACGCGGCCGCAACCAAGCCCACGUCCCCCAGCCUCCGCUGCUGCCCACGCCUCCAGCACCCGCGGAGACCAGCGCCGAGGAUCCCUGCCAGCUGAGCCCACCCAUGCCUACCCCUCCAGUGCCGGCGGAGACCAGCGCUGAGGAUCCCUGCCAGCUGAGCCCACCCAUGCCUACCCUUCCAGUGCCGGCGGAGACCAGCGCUGAGGAUCCCUGCCAGCUGAGCCCACCCAUGCCUACCCCUCCAGUGCCGGCGGAGACCAGCGCUGAGGAUCCCUGCCAGCUGAGCCCACCCAUGCCUACCCCUCCAGUGCCGGCGGAGACCAAGUCCCAUGAUCCCUGCCAGCUGAGCCCACCUCCACUGAUGCCCACACUUCCAGCACCGGCAAAGACCAGCGCUCGCGACGCUAGCCAGCGAGGCAUCCCUUCGCUGAUGUCUAUCGUUACAUCGCCGCCGGGUACCAGCGCUCGUGAUGGUUACCGCGGGCAAAAAACACCGCUGCUCGUCACUCCGCCACAAUCCACCGCCGCCACCGCCGCCACCACCACCGAUGCGCCCGCCGGAGCUGGUCCUCCGGUGUGGUUUGCCCGUCCGCGCCGCACGCGGCGCCGUCGGCGUCCCCGCCGUGACGCUGAAGACGUCCCACCAUGGCUCAAGUAUCGAGAUCCCAAUGGAUUCACAUUAACAUGAAGACUGCUCCCCAUACCAGGUGGUCUGGUAGCGAACGAUUCGCACGAACAAUACGUAGCGAUGCACGCACCAAGACCAGCGCACACACUCACACAGGCGGAAGGAACAGCACCGGACCAAAAUGGAUGCUUUAGAGGGGCUCUCUGCUGCUCCCUUUGGUGGACAUUGCCAUUUUGGUCGUGGUGGGCGGGAG